UCGGUAUCAUGUCCAUUCCGGCGCCGUCCACGGCUUGGAAUAUAAAGCUCUGCAAAGGCUGUCGACGUGUUGUGAAUAGUAGCCUCCAUCACUAGAUUCAAUCAAAUCCUACAACUUCGAAAACAUGAGUUCCCAUUCUUUCAAAGUCAUUGUUGUUGGCGGUGGGCCUGCCGGGCUCACUGCCGCACACGCACUGCAAUUAGCCGGCAUUGAUUUCGUGGUUCUCGAGAGAAGAACCAACAUCAUCGAGGAUCUCGGAGCGAGCCUUGUCCUCGGACCACCCAGUCUGCGCGUCAUGCACCAAUUCGGCAUUCUGGGUGACCUGCUUGGUGUCGGCCACGAGAUCAUACGUAAUCGAUCUUUCGAUUCCGACGGCAACGUAUUACACGAGAGCACGGAGAUCCUGAGGCUGCGGAAGAACCAUGGCCUUGCCCCUGUGGCGUUUCACCGUGCGCAGCUAGUGGAAACCCUGUACAACGGUCUCCCAGACUCCGCCAAAGACAAGGUGCUUCUUGGCAAGAAGCUGUCCGAUAUCCAGCCGGAUGAGAAGGGCGUCUCGGUUACCUGCGAGGACGGGAGCUCAUACCACGGCUCGGUCGUCCUCGGCGUGGACGGCGUCCACAGCAAAACGCGUCAGCUCAUGCGCAAGCUUGCCUUGGAAUCCAACUCCCCAGGCGAUUGGGAUGCGGAGAAACCUUUCGCCUCUUCCUACAGGUGCAUGUGGUGCAGCUUCCCACGGCCGUCCGAACCGGGUGACGCGUUCGAUACCCAACACAAGGACAAGAGCGUCAUGUACCUUGCGGGUCGGGAGCGUGGAUGGAUCUUCCUCUACGAAAAGCUUCCCGAAACGACGCGAGAACGGGCUUCCUAUACGGAUGCCGACAUGCAAACGUACAUCGACAAGUUCAAGGACUUCCCGGUCACCGACAAUCUCAAGGUCCAGGACGUGUGGGAAAAGCGAUUCACGGCCGGCAUGGCGAACCUCGAGGAGGGCAUCGCCGGCCACUGGAGCUGGGGCCGCAUUGUCCUCGCCGGAGACGCGGCCCACAAGUUCACCCCCAAUGCAGGGUUGGGACUGAAUACCGCGAUCCAGGAUAUUGUCUCCCUUUGCAACGGCCUUUGGAGCCUGAAGAGAACCUUUGCUAAGCGGCUCACGUCCUCUGAUGAGGAGUUGUCGCAACUCACUACAUUCUUCGAGACAUAUGGGCGAGAGAGAAAGGCCUUGAUUUCGGGGGACGCAAGCCGCUCCGCGCUCGUCACGAGGACUCAUGCCUGGGCCAAUCCGCUGUACUACUUUUUGGCACAGUACGUCCUGUCUGCCAAGAUCGUCGAGUCCUUCAUGCUGGAAUUUCUGGCAAAGAGGUCGAUGAAGAAGGCGCUUGUGUUGAACUAUGUCAACGUGGAUGAACCUAUGGUGGGCGCCGUAGAGUGGGAUCAUCCUCUUGUUGGGGCGGCAAAGGCGAGAUAGAUGAGGCGUCAGCUUGUGCAUCAGCUGUCGUGGCGUUUCCUUUUUUUUUUUUU